UUGGGUGUUUUUGUUUUUCAGACCCUUCUUUAACAGUGCGGCAGCUGAAUGUAAUAGGAUUGUUCUGGAGGCAUCUCAACCGAUUUUUUAAUUCGUCAUUUAAGUUGUAAAGCCCGCACGGCUGCUGAGAUAUCUCUGUUCCUUCUCUCUGAGUUCAAAGUACAACUGGUCUUUCCCACUAACUAGUUUGGAACAAUUAAGAUCUGUUGGGAUUCAGCUCUGCCUAUGGCUGACAUUAGGAAAUCACUUUUUGUUCACAUGUGGGAGGAGGAAGAAUGUCUAGAGUACUAUGGGAUGAUUUCCCUGCAUCGAAUGUUUGACGUGAUCGGCUCCCAGCUGACAGAGAAUGAUAUAGAAGUACUCUCUUUCCUCCUGGAUGAAACACAGCCAUGGACCCAUCCAUUGGAUCCUGCCCUCUGGGCUGUAGCAGCAGCAGAAGAGGGGGGUUCUGAGACCACAUCACCUAUAUUAGAGAGCUGGAAAAAGAAGAAUCAGCGCUGGUGUAGUUUGGGAAAGACUGAUCCUAAUCUUGAGGAAGCUGCAGAUAGGCAGCGGCCCAAGAAUGGUGUCCAGCUGCUCCUGGAACUAGAGAGGAGAGGCAUAUGUGAUGAAACCAACUUUGUGCGGCUGUUGCAGCUCCUACGAGUUCUAACAAGGCAUGACCUGCUACCAUAUGUCACCCUGAAAAGGCAACGUACAGUUUCUCCUGAGAGAUAUACCUAUGGACCAUCUGUCCUAUCAUCAGACCGGCAGGUGGACAGCUGUCUCAGUUCAGCCUCUGCAGAGCCUCGGAAUGAUCAGUGGGAAACAGGCUCUAAUUCCAGCAAAAGGAAGCGAGUUAGCAGAGGCCGGGCAAAGUCUGCUCCUCCUCGCAGGCGACGAGGAGCCAAGGCAGCUUCUACUCCAAAACAGGAAGUUCAAGCUCCCACCAAAGUGACCUGUGACAUCCGGCUCCGUGUUCGUGCAGAAUACUGUGAGCAUGAGCCUGUCUUGCGUCAGAAUGUGAUGUCAAACAAGCAGAACCGGUUGGAGCGCCAGUUUGAUGUCUUUGGGCAGUCCAACACAAUCCUCAAGUCUCGUGACCUGGGUUCAAUCAUCUGUGACAUUAAAUUCUCGGAGUUGUCCUACCUGGAUGCCUUCUGGAGUGACUAUAUGAAUGGCUCUCUGUUAGAGGCACUGAAGGGAGUUUUCAUCACAGAUUCCCUCAAAGAGGCUGUCGGCCAGGAGGCUAUCCGACUACUAGUCAAUGUGGAUGAGGAUGAUUAUGAGGAAGGACGACGGCUCUUGCUGGAAAGCGUUUCUCCCCAGACGUGGUAGCUAAUGUACCUCUAGGAAAUCUAGGGCACUUCAUUUUGACUCCCUGGUUACCAUAUCUGCAUUGGAUAUAGACUUCAGGCGGGAAAAAGGACUUAGAAAAAGAAUCCUCUUCCUGUCGUGGGGCAAGGCUGGAUCUUGGCAGCGACGGGAUUCCAGGGAGUCACGGUUGUCUCAUGGCUGCUCCUGUAGAGGAUGAAGCAUUGAGAUGCCAGCAGGGAAAAAGUUAAUGGACAUUAGAGGGUAGCAGGGCUUGGAUGGAGCAUCAACAGUGCAGAUACCUCACAUUCUGGGUUGAAAGAGGAAUAUUUCAUGGAUGGGUUUUGUCCUGAUGAAGCAUAAAAAGGGCUUGAUGCCCUUUUGAUAUAAGUUGGUGUGCACAUCAUGCUUUUGCUACUAGUAUUCUGUUGUUUUUUUGCCUCCUCUCUUGCAGAGGUGGGGAAUGGUCUCACUUUGAAGCCUGACAGCGAAGCAUGCUGUGCUAACUAUUCUUUUUCUUUAAAAAGAGAAAUAAAUAUAUUUCUCUCAGAUCUGAUGUUGGAGGGUGGACUUCUUCCCUUUAAGUUAAAAAUUUGACCAAGCCCCACAGGGCACGGAAGACUGUAAAAAUAAAAACUUGAGUCACUUUUCUGAGGACACUUUUCAACUCAGUGGUUGUUUGUACAUAGUAUAAAUAAGGGGGGUUUAAAAAUGUAAAGAAGCAGCUCAGGCAGCGUCUCCAGGUGGAGAGAACUGCUUGGCUGCAGUUUUCAGGGCCAGAGGCCAGAAAUAUGUAAUUUAAAAAGUUGUAUUUUUUUUACAGCAACAAAAGACUUUUGUCCAAAAUUCUUAAUGUAUUGUAUUUGCAAAUGACAGUGUCAAUAAAGAAAAGAAUUUG